GCAACUAGUCACGUCUUGGGAACACCUACACGGUUUGUGUGGGCGUAGCGGAUCUUCACGCCGCCCACUCAGCGUUCAUGGUGCUGUCCCACCGCGCGGCGUCGAAGGGGAAUCUCUGCGUCAUGCGCACUGACGUCACGGGAUCUCCUAGUGUCUGAGAAUUGCGCUGGAGCUUGUGCAUAUCAGCUUGCGACCCUGUGCAUCAGCUGGUUCCUGGCAGCGCUACUUGCCUCCUUACAGCCCACAUGCGCCACAGCUGCCCUGCCUCUGGAGCGGAGGAACAGCACGGAUACUGCAGCGGGGGCUGUGCGGAGCUUUCUUCCUGAACUCAAUACACAGGCACUAGGAGUGGCUAAAGUAGAAGCAUCUCGUUACCCGCCCCCCACGGCCUGAAUGGUGGGGGAGAUGGGGAUGGAGCUACCGGGAAAUUGCGACUAAACAAUUGCCUCAGCGCUGGCUGCAGGGACGGGAAGGAUCGUAGUCGGCCAAUAGGUGGAGGGGCUGAAGUACAGACCGCAACAUUUAUACGGGGGUUGUGUAAUUUUCAAGAACAUCACUGGUUGUUCCUAUUGAUUGGUAAUUUUACUGGCUCUUUGAGAGAGUAUCGAGAAUGAGUAAUGAGUGGGGCUUAAAGACGAUCUUGUAAAUGUAUAUUUUAUCCGUAAUGGCAGAUCAUCCGCCUCCUCCACUGGACAGCACACCACUCCUAACCACAGAUAUUCCUCUGCUCCCUGCACCCAUUGUUAAUGGAGAAGGAGGCCAACAGGUUAUUCUGGUGCAAGUUAAUCCAGGGGAAGCAUUUACAAUAAGAAGAGAAGAUGGCCAGUUUCAGUGCAUCACUGGCCCUGCUCAGGUUCCAAUGAUGUCACCAAAUGGCUCUGUGCCGCCCAUAUAUGUGCCUCCAGGAUACGCUCAGCAGGUAAUUGAGGAUAAUGGUGUACGUAGAGUUGUAGUGGUUCCACAGCCCCCUGAGUUCCAUACAGGCAGCCAUGCAGUCAUACAUCGGCCUCCUCCUCCAAUACCAGGAUUCAUUCCUCUGCCAGCUAUGAUGCCUCCCCCACCUCGGCACAUCUACUCACCAGUGACUGGAGAUGUAGCCUCACAGUAUACCCCACAGUAUCACCCCGCACAGGUAUAUGGAGAUCUGGAUGCUCUUUCUACACACGGAAGAUCUAACCUCAGAGAUGAAAGAUCCAGCAAAAUACAUGAGAGACUACAGAAAAAACUUAAAGACAGACACGGAGUACAAAAAGAGAAGCUAAACAGCCCCCCAUUCUCACCCAAGAAAAGCACUUCUCCGAUAAAUGAAUCAAAUGGACUCAUAAAAGGCCAGAAUUCGGGCUUAAAUACAGGACAGGCAAAGAACAAGCACAAAGGAAAAGGUGGCUCUCCAGUGGAAGCAGAAAUACAAGAAAAAGAUGAUGAAACAAAGGCACUAGAAGCACUGCUCUCAACAGUUUCCAAACCUGUGGCAUCAGAUAUUCAGGCCAGGUCUGUAACAUUAUCUUGGUCAUCACCUUCCAGCCUUAUCAGUGAGGAGAAUGAUGGGACAUGCAGCCCUGAAGCAUACACUUAUGAAAUCCUGCUGUCGAGCAGUGGGAAAGAUGGAAAGUACAAGGUUGCCUAUAGUGGAGAAAAGACUAGUGUUACCAUGGAUGACUUGAGACCUGCAACAGAUUAUCAUGCAAGAGUUCAGGCUGAGUCUAACUGUGUCAAAGGAAGCUUGUCGGAAGAGGCCAGUUUCACCACUCUGAGCUGUGAACCAGAAACACCAAAUAAUCCACGAAUAACUAAUCGGACCAAAAAUUCACUCACUCUCCAGUGGAAGGCAUCAUGUGACAAUGGCUGUAAAAUAGACCGUUAUCUUCUGGAAUGGGAUGAAGGAAAAGGAAACAAGGAGUUCUGCCAGUGUUACGAUGGACCACAGAAGCAGUUUAGGUUAACAAAGUUGUCACCAGCUAUGGCAUACACGUUCAGACUUGCAGCAAAAAAUGAUAUGGGCACGAGUGGUUUUAGUGAAGAAGUUGAGUUUUACACCUCAGGCAGUGCUCCUACCAUGCCAGCAAGUCCCACACUAAAUAAAGCAGGAAUAAGUUGGUUAUCUAUGCAGUGGACUAAACCCUCAGGUACACCAUCUGAUGAAGGGAUUUCUUAUAUUUUGGAAAUGGAAGACGAAACUUCGGGUUAUGGAUUUAAGCCAAUAUACAAUGGGGAUGAUCUUACAUUUACAGUGAAAAACCUUAGAAGAAGUACAAAAUAUAAGUUUAGGGUCAUUGCAUAUAACAGUGAAGGCAAGAGCAGCCCAAGUGAGGUGGUGGAGUUUGUGACUUGUCCGGACAGACCAGGAGCACCCUCAAAGCCUUCUGUCAAGGGAAAGGUCCAUGCACAUAACUUCAGGAUAGUAUGGGAUCCACCUAAAGACAACGGAGGAGCAGCGGUCACAAAAUAUGUUCUGGAAAUGUCUGAAGACAGCAAUGGAAACAAGUGGGAUGUGAUAUACAGUGGAAUGACCCGAGAAUACCUGUGUGACCAUCUGUGUCCAGGCUCCACCUAUCGCCUACAAGUCCAUUGCAUCAGUGAUGGAGGGAAGAGUGCGGUAUCCGACACCCUGUUAGUGCAGACUCCAGCUGUGUUCCCUGGGCCAUGCCAGCCCCCCAGGCUCCAAGGCAGACCAAGAGCAAGAGAAGUGCAAAUGAAAUGGGCACCACCACAGCUGGAUGGUGGUUCUCCGGUCACCUGCUACAGCCUGGAGAUGUUGCCUGCUGAUGCCAAUGAGCAUAGAGAAGUCUACCAAGGACAUGAUCUGGAAUGCACAGUGGCCAGUCUUCUUCCGGGCAAGGCAUACAGCUUUCGACUGCGUGCUGCAAACAAAGCCGGGUUUGGUCCAUGUUCUGAAAAGUGUGAAAUUAUCACAGCUCCGGGGCCACCGGAUCAAUGCCGACCUCCUCAAAUAACAUGCAGAUCUGCAACCUGUGUCCUCAUACACUGGGAGGCUCCCAACAACAAUGGUGCUGAGAUCACAGAGUACCGAGUUGAAUGGGGGGGCAUGGAAGGGAGCAUGCAGAUUUGCUACUGCGGACCUGGUUUUAACUAUGAAGUUAAAGGCCUUUCACCAGCAAUUGUUUAUUACUGCAGGGUUCAGGCUGUGAAUAUUGCUGGCGCGGGUCAUUUUAGUGAUGUAGUUGCGUGUUUAACGCCGGCGUCAGUCCCUGCUGCUGUGACAAGCUUGUGGGGAGUGAAGGAAGAGGACAUAAACAGUUCAAGUUACUGUCCUUCUACUUGCCUUGCAAUACAGUGGGAAAAACCAUGUGAUCAUGGUUCCGAUAUUACCACUUACAGCAUAGACUACGGGGACAAGCAGCCAAUUGCUGUUUACAAAGCAACGAGCUACAUUCUAGAUCACUUACAGCCAGACACAACAUACAGAAUACGGGUUCAAGCCCUAAACAGCCUGGGAGCUGGUCCUUUCAGCCAUUCUGUUAAAUUGAAAACCAAGCCACUACCCCCAGAACCACCUCGACUGGAAUGUGCGGUGUAUAGUCACCAGAACCUUAAGCUGAAGUGGGGGGACGGAGCAUCCAAGGCAUUACCCACAGAUUCCAUUCAGUAUCACCUUCAAAUGGAGGAUAAGAAUGGAAGAUUUGUAUCCUUAUAUAGAGGACCAUGUCACACAUACAAAGUACAAAGGCUCAAUGAGUCCACGUCGUACACAUUUCAUAUUCAGGCAUGUAAUGAGGCUGGUGAGGGACCUUUUUCCUCAGAAUAUGUUUUUACAACUCCAAAAUCACUUCCAGCUGCCUUGAAAGCUCCAAGGAUCGACCGAAUAAAUGAACAUACUUGUGAUGUCACGUGGGAGUCCUUACAGCCAAUGAAAGGAGAUCCAAUUAUCUACAUUUUGCAGAUAAUGGUUGGAAAAGACUCUGAUUUUAAACAGGUUUAUAAGGGACCCACUACGUCAUUCCGUCACUCUGCCCUUCAGCUCAACUGUGAAUAUCGUUUCCGUGUAUGUGCCAUUCGUCAGUGCCAAGAUUCUGCAGGACAUCAGGAUCUCAUCGGUCCCUACAGUGCCACCGUCCUCUUCAUUUCUCACCGAAGUGAACCACAAACCAGCACCAACAAAGAUACUGUGGAAACCACAAGGACAACACGGACGCUAAGUGACGAGCAGUGCGCUGCCGUCAUCCUUGUGCUGUUUGCUAUCUUCUCCAUACUGAUUGCCUUUAUCAUCCAGUACUUUGUUAUCAAGUGACAGGAUCCUCCUUCACCUAAAUCCCACCCUGCUCUGGUUUUUUUUCUCCCCCUUUUUAAUUGCACAUCCCAAAUAGAUUACAGUUGUUUGUUCGAUAUGUUCCUAUACAAGAGGUGACCGUUAGCAUAGCAUCGAGACUUCUGUAGCAUGCACAAUAGUAAACCAGUAACUGCUAAAGAAGGCACAAAGUCUGCUGACAUGAUGAUCACUUACAAUCAUAACGGCUCCUUCCAUGCGAUCAGGAUGACAGUCGAACAAGGGUAAUAUAUUUACAGAGCUAUUUUUGAAGGACACCCAAAGUGCUGUAAACAAAAAACACAUUUACAAAGGGGGGGGGAUACUGUGAAAGGUAACUUAGCGCUGUACUGCUACCUCCUCUGUGUCUUAACUUCACCCUUCUGCUGCCUGCUGUGUUACUCACUCCUGCAGGCUGAGCUAACAACUAAGGCAAAACUGGAAAUUCUAGAGUAGUCUGGAAUAAAAAAAAAUUAUAUAAAAUAUGUUAUAAAAAAAAAAAAAAAGCUUUUAAAUUUUUUUUGUCAGAAAAGUAUUGACUUAGCUAUUCAAUGUCUACUUAAAGUAAUAACACUGGGAAGAAAGGAAAUCAGGGCUAAUUAAAAAAGGCAGAUAAUGAUAUACAGGGACUGGGAAUGUUUUUUUUUUUUUCACCCAUUUGCAUAUGGGCUUUUUUUUUUUGUUUUUUAAACCUAAUUAGGUCAUGAAAUGGAUGCAAAAUAGUAUAUUUUCCCUAGUAAGGUGAAAAAUAUGACGCAGAUGAUUGCUGAGUAACAUUUCCUGCAUCAUUUUCUGUUUUAAUAAAACCCAUCGAGCUCGGGUUCCUGAACUGCUGCUCUUCAAGCUUUAGGCAUUGCAGUUCCCAGCAUUCUCAGCUGAAGGGAUACGGUCUCCAAACUCUUGAAGCAGUUUAAGGGCCAGGUGUUCAUACCCUGCUUUUAGGCUCAAUGCCCCCUCCCCAGCCUCUCCAAAGGGUCCACCAAUAUCAUUUCCAGGGCUGUCUGCAGCACAUUUCUCCCCCCAGGUUCUGGGAAAACUUGGGAGUGAAUCAUUAAGCCUUUAGCGCAGAAAUUCAGGUAUGUUCCAGCACUUUUAUCUAAAGCAUAUGUAGGAAAGGAUGCGGUCGUGUAUCCAUUGCAAAUAACCCCCGAGCGUUGACCUUUUUUUUUAUCCUCUCUUUUUGUUUCCCUCUCUCACCAAAAAAAAAAAAAAAACUUUGUAAUUUUGCACCAAGAAACCUUUUAAGCUGCUUUAUUCCUUCAUAGAGAAAAGAAACUGAUGUUUAUUGUCUGUCAAGAUUCUGUACCAAGUUGUUUGCAUGUAGUUAACUGUUGCAUAGAAGCACUUUGCAUCAUUCCUCGUUCUGUGAGCUUGCCAUUUGUGAGUUGUUGAUUGGCCGGUCGGAUUGAUGUAUGAACAGCUGCGUGAGUCCCCACAAACUGCCAGCUUCCUAAAGUGUCCCUCCUAUUUACUCACUGUCUGUUCUACUCACCUUUGUCCUUUUCUUUUUAAUUUAUUGUACCAUAAUAUUGAUUCACUGAUCUUUUUUUUUUUUAAGUUGUUUUUUUGGGAAUUGCAUUUUUAAUGGAAAAAUCAGCACCUCUGUCUGUUUAAACAGCUGUAUCAUGCUUUGAAGAUCUCCGAAGAAUCGUAAUUACAUUAGAAGUGGGCAUGUAAUGUAAUCGUUCCUGUGUCAAAUAAUCUGUGAUGUAGAAUAUGUUUUUUUUGUUGCAAGAAAUUAUAAACUUGUGUUUUUUCUGAUGGUAAAAAUGCUCCGUCUUUGAAAUGUGAUGUGUGUUUACUUUUCUUUCAUUUAUAUAUAUAUUUCAUUUCCUUUUCCUCACUUUUUAUGUAUCGGCUAAAACGUUGUCACAGAACACACUGAUAAUGAAUUUUUUCUAGAGAAUUCUAAUGUGCCAAGUUCGGCCAGUAUAAAUGAGGUUUGUGUGUAUUGCCCAAAAAGUUUCCUCGCGUUUGAAUGUCUAAAAAAGUAAGAAAAAAGGGAGCGUCACUCCAGUGACCUAUGUUUUUUCAUAGUAAAACUCAAAUUAUUUCCUAUUUUUGAUAGUAAAUGUCAUUUAAUAGUGUAUUUGCCAUUAAUCUCAGUGCAGGUUUCUGCAGUGAGAGGGGAAAAAACCCCGAAAUUUUUAAUGUAAACUUAAUUUUACCUCAUGCACUGUACAUUCCAAAAGAAGAAAUAAACUCUAAACUUUUUAAAAUCUUAUAGGUACACUACCAAACAUAUCACUAUAAAGUGUAAAAAUGUCGGAAUUCAUUCAAAGGAAAUACAAUGUAUAAUCUCCUAUAAACUAUGUAGCAAAAAGUUCUGCAAAAAUCAGUGGGAAAUAAAGGAUGUAUAAUUCUU